AUGUCCUUGCUCAUAUGGCCGAUGUUGGUCAAUAAGAAGAUUUUGAAGAAGCUAAGGGAAAAAGCUUUAAAGAUUGGUUCCAAGAAAGUUUUUAUUGAGUUAGGACUUAAGACGCUCUUAUACCCGGAAGAAGCACCAAACACACCUGAACGUAUUACAUUCAAACAUGAAACGGUAUUGGCUGUUGAAAAUAGAUUUAUUGGCAUCAAGAGUCGAGGUUUUUAUGAAACACCCGGAGGUACCAUUAUUCGAACAGCCCAUGUCGAUUUGGAAGGAUUUGUCCUUGAUGUCAAGUACGUGCGUAAUGUGAUCAUUGAGGGUCGUAAAUCCGAUACCGAUAAAUUAUACGACAUGGAAGAAAGUUCUAUGAAUGUUCAAGAUAAAAAAUAUACUAAUGAGAGUGAUAUAUUUGAAAAUCUUAUAGGAGUCAAGCGAAACUUUAAUCAAAAUAAGACCAAGGUUGAUGAAAUACAUAGAUAUAAACGCCGAAAAUCAAUGCCACGUACUUGGAAGGAUCAUUCUCAUAAUAUUCGUUAUUUGAGAUAA